AUGGUUUAUGAAGCACCCGUUGCACAAUUUGGGGGCUUCUUUCGUUUCUGUACUACCAUCCAAACUACUGUUGUCCCCGAGAUGGACCUCGUAAUCGAAGCGCGUCAGCUUGAUUCGUCCACAACAACCACACCAAUAUUCGUUCCCAUACUUCCCCAAGUUGGUCAUUCGGCACUCAUAUGGGUAGAGCUCACCCUAUGUCUAAGUUUCGUGGCAGCACGGACAUGGGUCCAAUUUCAUCAUGUUAAGCGAUUCUACAUCAACGACUAUCUCAUUUUCUUUGCGCUUAUAUGCCACACUAUCACGACGAUUGUUUGUCAGGUGGCAAUGGUCUCCAUGUACAAAACUCAGGAGAUACAGUUCGAUGUGAACGUGUUAGAACAGCUGCCAGGGCCCAGCGACCUAAUCUACCUGCCGGUUUUCCAAACAUAUCAAUUCGUGCUGAUGUUUCUCUUCUUUCUGACGCUAUGGUCAGUUAAGUUCUCAUUGCUGUUCUUUUUCUGGAGGUUCUUCGAAUCGGUCACAACUCGUGUCAGAACCUUCUGGUGGGCCAUGAUGGCUAUUACGGCGUCCACGUUCAUCGUCUCUGUGUGUCUACAAAUGACAGCAUGUGGCACCCCGCAGAACUUCGUGAAGCUUGGAGGUUGCGAGGAGAAACCUAUCUACAAGUUCUUGUCAAUACUUGUUUUCUAUUUUUCAACCGGGGCUGACAUUGGUGGUGAUAUCCUCGUUAUGAUUAUUCCCUUUCCAUUGCUGUAUAAACUCAACGUCAACUCUCGCCAAAAGGCUGUCCUUGUGACAUUGUUCCUAUUGCCGGUAAUACCGAUAUCUUUCGCCGUCCUUAAGCUGGUGUUCUGCUACCCGACCAUGACAUUCGUGGACGUCAUAAAGUAUCAGCUAUUUGCUUUAUUGGAAAACUCGACAGAUUCGUCAUUAGCAAUUAUGACCUCAUGUCUCCCAAUGCUUCGCCUCUUCACUACAACGUCACGCGACUCUACCAAACGCUCGUCAGCCCAGCGUGUGUAUUAUGGAGACACCUCGAAGUUCAGCAACAAGUCUGCGAAGGACAAUUACCACGGUGCGAUAUUACUUGAAACCGUCGUCGAAAGUGAAAACGGAGUCGUCGUGGUUCGGAGAGGAUCUGUCAUUCAAGAUUGGUAG